AUGGGUAAAAAAUCAAAAUCCUCAUCUAAGACUGAGGAGAAGUCCAGCACGCCCGCUGGCACCCUACCCUUCGGCGGUGCAACUUUGGAUCCAACGCUGUCCUCGCUUUUCGCGAAAAGUGCUGGUCCUGUGCAAACCCCUGUGAUCAAGUAUGUCGAGCCCGUCGCAAGGGCAAAGAAGAGCGAAGACGAUGCUGCCGACGAUGAGGAACUCUCCGAACUAGACGAUGAGGAAAUGGAGGAUGUCGAUGCGAGCGAUUCGGAGGCUGUAGAAGCGGAAGAAAAACCCAUGGAACCACAAAAUCGGAAACGCAAGCGUGGAAAUGCUGGCGAAGAUGUUGAGGAGACAUAUAUGCGUCGCAUUGCAAAGGAGGAGGAAAAGGACGCGGAAAAGAGGAAGUCCGAGCAAGCGAAGCGCCUAAAGCAGACCGAAAAAGAGACCGAGAAAGAAGGCAGCGAAAACGAAGAAGCCUCCGACAAAGAAUCGGCAUCAGAAGGCAGCGACGACGAAGAGACCGCUCCCGCCCCGGUGCACGAGAGUGUGGCUGGUACUGCCAAAGCAGAUGAGCUUGAGAAGUCCUCCCGCACGGUCUUCCUGGGUAAUGUCUCCACUGAGGCCAUCAAGUCUAAGACCGCCAAGAAGACCCUCCUCAGGCAUCUGGCCUCUUUCUGCUCCACGCUGCCUGAAUCCACCGGCCCGCACAAGGUUGAGUCGAUACGUUUCCGUUCUGUUGCAUUUGCCAGCGGUGGUGGUAUCCCCAAGCGUGCUUCCUUCGCCAAGCGCGAGGUGCUUGACGAAACCACACCCAGCACCAACGCAUAUGCUGUGUACACCACUGCUCAAGCUGCCCGCAAGGCUCCCUCUGCCUUGAACGGCACUAUGGUUUUGGACCGCCAUUUGCGAGUCGAUAGUCUCGCUCAUCCCGCAGAAAUCGACCACAAGCGUUGUGUGUUUGUGGGCAACCUGUCUUUCAUUGAUAGCGAGACGCCCGAAGAAGAUGAGAAAACCGGCAAGAAGAAGAAGGCUCGCGCACCAGCUGAUAUCGAAGAGGGUCUGUGGCGCAUCUUCAAUGCCCACACCGGCGGCAAGGACAAGAAGAACCCUAAGCAAAGUGUCGAGUUCGUGCGCGUGAUCCGUGACAGCACCACUCGUGUUGGUAAAGGGUUCGCCUACGUCCAGUUCUACGAUGGCAAUGGCGUGGAGCAGGCGCUCCCCCUCAACGGGAAGAACUUCCCUCCUAUGCUUCCCCGCAAAUUGCGUGUCCACCGUGCCCGCAAGGUCAUCAAAAAGAAGGAGUCCUCCGCUCCCGAUGCCAAGCGCUCCCGUGUGGAUGAGGCACAGAAGACGAUGCAGGGACGUGCCACCAGGCUACUUGGACGAGCUGGUGCUGCUAAGGUCAAGGCCGAGGCAAACAGUACUAUUGCCGGCAACUCGUUUGUGUUUGAAGGUCACCGUGCGACCGAAGGAUCAUCGUCUAUCAAGCUGAAGCAGAAGAGCCGUGGUUCUAAGGCCAAGCGAGAAAGCAGGAGCAGCAAGCGGGCUGCAGCAUACAAAGCUACGUAUGGUCGUAAGGGUUAA